AUGCAAGUCACAAUCAUUUAUGUCAUUUCGUACGCUUCAGCACUAGGACUGCUUUUACUUUGGAGGCUAUGUCAAUUUCUUACCGCGCAGGCCCGCGAACAUGUUUUCUCCAAAGUUUCAAGAUGGGUCGUUCAUACAGUAAUUCUCCCGAGAUUCAACGGAAGCUCGGAUGUAACCAUACUGGUCGGACUCAUCAUUGCACUCCUCUUCGUUGCAAACAUUAUUGGUUCCGUUCUCUCAAUUCGCAAUCGAGCCGAAGCAUCAUUGCGUUUGGCGAGACUCUGCGCUACUAACCUUGUAUUCCUAUACCUUGGUGGUAGAUCCAAUAUAAUGUUGGAUAGAAUAUUUCGACUCUCUCAUACGGAACAAAACGUCUUACAUCGAUGGAUUGGCCGUGUAACUAUCGCUGAGGGGUUGAUCCAUGGUACGCUUGGAAUAAUUGAACUGAAGGCCAUGAUACGGCCAAAAGACCUCUCGCUAUACGUGCUUGUAGGCUUAAUCGCUGUGGUUUCGAUAGUCUGCAUCCGCCGUAGGAUGUAUGAAAUUUUCCUUCAAACACAUUCUCUUUUUGCCGUUGCCUCUUUAAUCCUACUUUGGAUGCAUGUGCGUCUUCUGGAUACAUAUUUGAUCGUCUGUCUUUCCACCGCCGCCUCCCUUUAUCUUCUCCAGAAAGUAUCAUGGCUUUUAUAUUUCCUUUAUCAGAAUUUUGGGUCCGGGCCACCAUGUCAAGCGUCUAUUUCGCGUACUUUGCAUUCUGGCCGAGGCGAGGAAGUUCUUCAAGUACGAAUUGCUACCAAAAAACGUUGGGUCGUAACCCCUGGACAGUUCGUUUAUCUCACGUUGCCACACCUUCGAAGUUUGGGUCUCGGAAUGUUGGAAUCGCAUCCCUUUAUGAUUGCUUGGGCUACUGUAGACCAAGAAGGUAAAGCUACCUCAAUCAUGCUUCUUGUACAGUCUUGCAGAGGUUUUACGCGAAGGUUACAUCUUGCGAAUACGCUUACUCCUGCACUUAUCGAUGGACCUUAUGGAGGAGCCGGCUUAAAUUCGUUCAAUAACUACGACAAGGUCCUACUUAUGUCAAGCGGCAUCGGUAUUGCCGGCCAUCUAUCCACAGCCAGGUACUUGCUACUCGCUCAUGACCUUCGGACUGCGCGAGUAAGAAGAUUGACCAUGACUUGGUUGUUAGAGACUCAAGAUCAAAUGCGUUGGGCAGAGGAAUUUCUUUGUGCGUUGGUGGAUAUGGACGAUCGACAAAUCCUGACCAUUUUUUGCUAUUAUCCCAACCAGACUGACGGCUCCGCAGAAGGUCAUGUGUCCAGUUUCGAAACACCGAGGAAGAGGAUUAUUCCGCGAGAUGACACGCUUAGUAUGGCAUGGCUCAUUGAGCAUGAAUGGUGCGCAGAGGCAGGAAACAUGCUUGUCGGAGUUUGCGGGAGCCCUCAAUUUGAGCUACGUGCGAGGCAGGCUGUUAAGUCCCUUCCCUAUGAUAUCGACCUCAAGAAUAGUGUAUUUCAGCCCGAUGAGACUCAAGCUAGCAAGCUGUCAGGCUUUAGAUACUGCAAGGGUAGCGGCGAGGGCAAGGGCAUGGAAAAGAUUAUUGACCAUGUCAAGGCCAAUGAAAAUGUGUAG